UUCAAAUCAACUUCAAUUUCGUCGUACAAUUCAACAUUUAUUCAGAAGCAGGCGUCGAUUCUAACAUUCAUUCGUUUCACCUUUGCUGGACAUUUUACAUGUCAAUCUCGCAUCGGAUCAGCAACAUGGUACUUCUCAAAGGAUCUUGCUGAGCUUCAUUCACGAUGGCCUCGCCAGACGAGCAAGACGUAAAGCUCAGUGUGCCGAAAUUCUCCUCUUUCAAAUCAAAAGAUGCAAGCAAAGAGAACCCUCAGAGCCUUGAGAAACAGCAUGAGAUUCGCCGCAAGAGGCAUGCUCGUAAUGAGGAUAGACCAAGCAGCCGCCGGUCUGAUGAGGAUCGUAGCUCAAGGCGCAGUGGCCGGGAGUCUCGUCGCCACAGAGACCGUGACCGCGACCGGGAUCGAGGCAGAGACAGAGAUCGAGCUCGUCGAGAGCCUUCCAGGCGUGAGAAAACGGCAGAUGCAGCAGAAAAGCCAAGGCCUGUCACCAAGCCAGAGGGUGUUCCGGGCCUCUUUGUGAUCGAUACAAAAGGCGACCCCCUGAUUAUAAAAUACGGCGGCAUUGACAGAUCACAGGUUCCUGCUUACCGUCGCUAUGGGGGUGGUAGAGUCCUUGGUACAGAGGGUCGCCUAGUCAUCCACCGUGAUGGCCCAAGGGAUCAAUUUAGUCUCCGCAUGCCGGGCGAAGGCUUCCACACAUUUUCCGGUAGAGAUGGUCUCCGAUCCAAGAUGCUAAGAGUGGAAUCUAGGCCAAUCAGAGCACUAACAAGAAGGAGUGAUGCUGAUGUCGCGGAUGAGGCUGAAGGAUACCUAUCCUUGACCUCAUCUAAAAAACGAAAGCGUGAUCAACGAGAUGAAGAGUCCUCGGAUGAUGAACGUCCUUCAUAUCGGUCCAUCGAGGGCAAGGCAAAGCCACGCCAGCCCUCAUACAGUGACUCGGAUGAGGACUCGGACAUGUCAAUCGACAUGCUGGCGGUGGAUCGGAGCAAUCCACUGAAGCAAAAGUCUAUAAGGCUCAGCAAGCAAGUAAAAGAUACACCAAAAGAUAUCGAUGCCUGGCUAGAGCUUGUAGAUCACCAAGAUGCUUUACUGAAAGCUGGAGAAGAUCUGGAUCACGCGGUAUUAGAGAACGAGGCUCAUAGCUUUGCAGAGAUUAAAGUUUCCAUGCUCGAGUCGGCUCUUAAGAACACACAGAGUGUAGAAGACCGCAGGCGAGUUCUCGUCUAUUUGAUGCAAGAGGGCGCCAAAGUGUGGACUAGCAAAGUGACCAUGAAGAAGUGGUCAGAAGUUCUGGAGAGUGAGGGCGAUAAUUUCCUCCUGUGGAAAACUCACCUUGACUUUUUGACGUCCAACAUUACAACAUUUCAAUAUGAUGACAUCAAAAAAUUGCUCCUAGACAGGCUACGCCUUACUCUCUCCCGCCUGGCGUCAAAUCAAGCCAAAGAAGCCAUUGAAGAAGCCAUCUUUGUGUUGCUGAGGACUACUCGUUUCGUCCAUGAUGCUGGCUACAAAGAACUGGCUAUCGCGACGUGGCAGGGUCUCUUGGAGCUCAACUUCUUUAGGCCCCUGAGCAUGGAAAGCGAGCAGUCUGCGCUAGAGUCGUUCCACGACUUCUGGGAAAGCGAGGUUCCUCGGAUAGGCGACGCCAACGCGAAAGGUUGGAGACAUUACGUCGAAACUGGUGGCGAUGAUGAUGCCGCAGAGCCGGUACAGGCUGCUCAGAUUGCACCCUCUUCCUCACGAGAUGUUUACAAAGCCUGGGCACAUCUUGAGCACUCUCUCUCUCAAGCCGCAAAGGUGCCAGCGAGGACUAUGGAUGAUGGCACAGAUGAUGAUCCUUUCAGAGUCGUAAUGUACUCUGACAUCCAACCACUUCUCUUUCUCAUACCGAGUUCUGUUCUACCAGAGGUUUCGACGCAGCUGAUUGAUGCAUUUCUACUCUUCUGUGGUCUUCCUCCGGCAUUUCGAGCAAGCAGUUGGACGGAAAUGGCCUAUGGCGAUCAGUUCAUCUCAUCGUCUCUUAUCAGGGUUGACUUACAGCCAGUUAAGCAUAAUGAUGACGAGACAGAGAACUGGCAUAAGAGCGAACCGCGAUUUGGAAUGGGCGUAAAGGCGGCCGCUUCUCCUCAUUUACUGUUUGGCGGCUCAAGAUGGUUUCAGUACGUUCCCAAGUCGCAGAAUCCUAUAGUGAGCUCGCUCUGGGCAUCAGAGGCACUGAGACAGCUUGUUCACAUUGGGGGAAUGGAAGGGCUGUCUCAAUACUAUCUUGCUACAGUUUUUUCGAAUGAGCAGACGAGCGUCAAGAAGCCUGCUAAGGCCUUGCUCAAACAAUAUCCUGCGAAUUCCGAGCUUUAUAAUGCAUAUGCAGUUGCCGAAUCGACCAACGAUGUCAGUGUGGCGAGCAAAGUUCUAGGGGCUGCAAUUGAGUCCUCAUCGCUGUCUUCGAAGUGGCAUAAAUUCCUGUUUCAUGGAAGCUGGAGCUGGAUGGAAUUUGAGGCGGGAAACAUUGACUUGGCAAAAGUGCGUCUCUGUGCCUCUGUGGACGAGAGUCUCAAGGGCACGGGGUCGAAUAUCCCUGAAGUUGGCAGUACUACGCUUCUGAAAGCUCAUCCAACAUUUACUUCGGAUUUCCACGAAUACUUACUCGGCCGGGACUUGGUUGGAGCCAGCGUACUCGCCGAGUGCAUGAUUUUAUUGUCAUAUCUCACGGUGUCGGGAAAUUUGGAGCCCGCGUCAGUUUCCCAAGGUAACAUUGCUGCUGCGAUGAGCACUGUUGAUAUGAUAUCUCAAGAGUUUCGGUCUCAAGAGCAAGCCAGCUCCGCGGCGCACGAGCGUGUCCUUCAGUAUGCUUCUCGGUUGCUAUAUCUACAUGCAUCAAAAGGACCAUUCCGGAGAGUGUACCUCCGCGAGAAGCUAUCAGGUUUCAUUCGGCAGUUUCCGCAGAAUUCAGUCUUCUUAUCCAUGUUUGAAUGGUCUGAUGCGAGCCUUCGGGUCAUUGACGAGACGCGUGACCUUUUGUAUGACCAAGUUCUAGUGAAGCAGCAUGACUGCAUUAGCAGCCGCGUGUUUGCCAUUCAACACGAGCUUACACAUGGCAACGCUAAUACGGCAAAGACUGCAUUUGAGCAAGCUCUGGCGAGUGACACUUGUCAGAACAGUCCCGCAUUGUGGAUAUUUUACAUUCGAUUCUGCCAGAUGCAGUUCCGCACAAAGGCAAAGGAUGUGUUUUACCGGGCUUUGAGGCACUGCCCUGGAUCGAAAGAGGUGAUGAUGGAGGCUUUUCUGACCUUGAUUCGGGAUAUGGAAUCGGAGGAGCUUAGGGCGGUGUAUAACACCAUGACGUCAAAGGGGAUGAGGGUACACGUUGACAUGGAGGAGUUUCUUGAGCGGCGCAGAGCGGAAUCAUUGAGAGAGAAGAAGAGAUGAGCGUAUGAAGGCUUAUACAUUAUUCACGCUGUUUGUUCGAGUUUGUGUAUCUUUGUAUACCACCCUAGGAUAUCCUAUACGAUAUAAUUGCAUCUACCUGGGUUGAUCCUUAGCAUAGUAUUCUAUAUACCUGCAUCUAGUAAAUGAGGC